CUGUCUUUUCUGCCCGUUAGAAAACGACCCUUUUGGAGCAGUGGCCAGCCUGAGAGACGAGCACAUGAGGAGGAGGAACGGCCCGUCAACAACAUCCUGACAAGUCACCUCGCUUUUGCACCCCCUACCACGCGCCCCCAUCUCCAGAAGUGGGCGUCAGCUGGAAGGAAACAAGCGACCACUCCUCCUGCAGGCAUGAGGUCCUUCCGCUCCUUUAGUAACGAUGACCGCCAUGUCAUGGCGAAGCACUCCACCAUCUACCCUUCAUCUCAGGAGCUAGAGGCUGUUCAGACUCUGGUGUCCACUGUUGAGUGUGCCCUCAAACAUGUCUCUGAUUGGCUGGAUCAGAGCAGCGGCAGCACCCAAAACCAGUUUGACAGCCAACCAGCAGACGGCACAGAGGAGCAAAAGCCCUGUGACGAGCCCAGUGAAGAAUCUGAGGAAUCCAGUCACUGCUACAAGGAGUCCAGCAGUGGUGGCGUCCUGUGUGGAGUGAUGAGGAUCGGUCUAGUCGCCAAAGGACUCUUGAUCAAAGGCGACAUGGACUUGGAGUUGGUGUUGAUGUGCAGAGAUAAACCCACACAGACACUGCUGGACACUGUCUGUCACAAUUUACCCACACAGAUCCAGAAGCUGACAGAGGAGAAAUAUGAGGUCACGAGCUCUUUGCCCGAGGCAGCCAUCUUGGUACAAACUACAACAGAACCCAAACUCACACUGAAGGUUACCCUCACCUCACCAGCCAUGAGGGAGGAUGAUGAGGAGGAGGAGGAGGAAGAAGAAGAGGAGGAGGAGGAAGAGGAGAUCGAAAAUGUGGAGGAAGGUGAAGAGGCAGAGGAGCUUGUGGAGCAAGAAGAGGAGGGGCAAGCACAGGAAAAUGGUCAAGUGUUGGGUGCUGCUGCGCAGACAGUGGAGGCUGAGGAGGAGGAGGAGGGGGAGGUGCUGGAUAGACACAGAUGUCUGUUGGCCCUGGCAGCGCUGCGACACGCCAAGUGGUUCCAGGUCGGCACCCACUCACUUCCUGUCUUCGUGCCUGAUGCUUAUUGUAGCCUGACGAUGUACCCGGAGAGGGUCCACCUACUGUCCGCUUACUCUGCAGUGUCUGUUAUGCUCACUCAAUAUGACACAGGCGUAAAGUUUCAUGCAUUUGACAGCAAUUUGAUUGCUCGAGUGAACGGACUCAAGUCCUGUGUUAUUGUUCUCAGGAUAUUAAGAGACAUGUGCAAUAGACACCCCGUCUGGGAACCUCUGAAGGGAUGGCCCUUAGAGCUCAUAUGUGAGAAGGCCAUCGCCACCUGCAACAGACCUCUCGGGGCUGGAGAAGCCAUGCGUCGGGUCAUGGAGUGUCUGGCUUCAGGCAUAUUGCUACCAGAAGGUGGCACAGAAAUGGAGAAACAUUAUGUGGUGUUUUAUCAUGCUCUCAGACUCAUGGCAUUUGGACAGAUCUACAAGGUGUUAGAGAUGGAGCCUCUUCCCUCAAAUAAACCAUCACAGAAAUAUCCCUGGUCUGACAAAGACGGCUUAGGUCUGAAGAGGCCAUAUGAGGAUGGGACAAUGGAAGACAAAGACCUCAUUAAGAAGAUGAAGAGGAAUCUUAGAAAAGUUUUGGAUAGUAAAGCCAUAGACUCCAACCAGCCAAUGAACGCCCUGAUGCGCCUGAACCAGAUCCGGCCGGGGCUGCAGUAUCGCCUGCUGUCCCAGUCGGGGCCGGUUCAUGCUCCAGUCUUCACCAUGUCUGUGGACCUGGACGGAACUGUGUAUGAAGCAUCCGGAUCCUCCAAGAAAACUGCCAAGCUCCAUGUUGCCGUCAAGGUUCUUCAGGCAAUGGGUUACCCAACUGGUUUCGACUCAGAUUUGGACCCCAUGAGUUCCGAUGAGAAGUCGGAUGGCGAGGGAAAGAGUGAGACCUCCUCACACUCAAGCAAUAACCCAACACACUCCUCAGAUGGUUCCAACACACUGGAGAUGAGAACUCAGGGUCCCAUACUGACGGCGAGUGGCAAGAAUCCCGUCAUGGAGCUGAAUGAGAAGAGACGAGGCCUGAAAUAUGAGCUCAUCUCUGAAAGUGGAGGCAGCCACGACAAGCGCUUCGUCAUGGAGGUGGAGGUCGAUGGACAAAAGUUUCGUGGGGCAGGUCCCAACAAAAAGGUAGCAAAGGCCAGCGCUGCUUUAGCAGCUCUGGAAAAGUUGUUCUCUGGUCCCAACGCAGCGGCUAACAAGAAGAAAAAGAUCUUGCCUCAGACGAAAGGAGCUCUGGCUGCAGCCGCAGCGGCCUCAGCAGUAGCAGCACAGGUAGCCAGAGGAAGAGGACGAGCAGCCAUCGCGAGAGGAGCCUUCGUCAGCGCCGCUGCGCCCGGAUACGUCACGCCAGGAGAAAAACAUGACCUCAGGUUGCUUAUCCUGAAAUCACACCUCUUUGAUAACUGUCAGGCUCUCGUUCUGAGUAUAGUGAAAGUACGUUUGGAUAAGAACCAGCACAGCAUUGAAUUAGAGCCUGUAACUUCUCGCCCAACAGGCUUUGGGACGCCGUAUGGCUACAGUCCUGCCGCGGCAGCUGCCCCAGCUUACGGUGGUCUGUUCAUUGACAAUCCUUUCUACCAGCCGCGUACCAUCGCUCCCUUCAUCAUCCAUCUGGGUCCCCAGGAUCUCUUCUCUGACUUCUAAAGCCAGCAGCUUGUCUUCAACAAAGCCCGUUUGUGUGCGCGGGACGCCUGGCUGCAAACACGCCCACCUGUUUUUUUCCGUCCGGAUGACGGACCCCCCCCUCACAUUCAGAGAAGUUUUGGUUUCAGUAGCGCUCCGACCUGCUGACCCAGAGGCUCAGAGCUCCUCUCUCUCUGCGCCCUCGUCUGUCCAGGUUACCCUCGUCACAGCGGAGAAACUUAACUCAAAGCAAUACACUGAUUUUACGAGAGAAGCUCAGCAUUCUGCGGAGAACCCGCUAGACUUUGGUUUUUCUUAUAGCAAUACACUUGAACUCGUCUCUUGAGCCCAACAGCUUGGGAGGAGGUGAAUGUCUGGCAGAGUUUUACUCCACACAGCAUUGCAAUAGUUGAUUUUGAUUGUAUCUUCAUUGUAUGUGUGUGUACGUGUGGCUAUAACAUGACUAUAUACACAUAGGUACGAUGUAUUUCUAUAACGAUGUGUUGACAAUAUUAUUAAUAUUUGACUAUGUAUUUAUGUAAAUACUCAAAAAUAUAAUUAUUGUUGUUAUAAAUUAUUUUAGAAUUAUAAAGUGAAAUGUAACUGUAAUAUCACAGUAUAGCUUUCUUCCAAUUUUAUAUACACUGAGCAAUUUAAGCUAGUUCUAGAGAAUGCAAUAUUAUCUUUGGUAUUCUUAUUAACCCGUGCUAGUAGAAUAUUAAUGCUUCCUACUUUCCUUCCUUCCCCCUUUCCUCUGUCGUUACUGUCUUUCUGAGCCUUUCUGAGCGCACUCUCUGCUGCCUGUGGUUGUUUACAUGGCCCGGAUCAGAGGCGCUCGCUACCAAACACACUCACAACCUAAUCACACACACACUUUUCCUGUCAGAAAGCACAUUUUCUAUAGUCUCAAUGCUGGCAGGGAAUACUGUUGUUACAAAUACUGUGCAUUUCUAGUACGUGGAUGCUCCGACUGACGCGCUCCUCCCCUCCACCAUUAACAGACACACAACUUCCAACACAGAACAAUCAUUGACUCUAUUCCCCCUGCUCGCCUUAUAGGGUCCAAAAGCACACAUCCCUGACUCUCCUCCUAUCAGAGCACACACACACA